UCCCACCACCCCACUAAAACCCACCAAUGAAUAUAUCCACUACAAAUCCAAUACAAUCCUUUGAAGGGUGGAGGAAAACCAGAGAGAAAACAUACAUUUUUCCAAUGGCCACCACCUUCCCUCCACCACCACCAAACCACCACCACCACCACCACCACCACCACCACCACCACCUCCUCCUCCUCCUCCUCCUCCUCCUCUCUUCUUCCACAACCUCCACCUCUACCUCAGAAGCAGACAUCCUCCUCUCCUUCAGGUUUUCCCUAUUGGACCCCAGCUCAGCCCUCUCCAACUGGUCUCCUAACAUCACCCACCUUUGCAACUGGACUGGAAUCACUUGCUCCAAGCCCUCCCCACCUUCAGUCACCUCUCUGGACCUCCACAGCUUCAAUCUCUCUGGCGAGCUCUCCUCCUCCCUCUGCCAGCUCCCCCAGCUCUCCCACCUCAACCUUGCUAAUAACCUCUUCAACCAGCCCAUCCCCCUCCACCUCUCUGAGUGCACCUCUCUGCUCACCCUCAACCUCAGCAACAGCCUCCUCUGGGGCACUCUCCCAGACCAGCUCUCUCAGCUUUCCUCUCUCACUGUGCUUGACCUCAGCAGGAACCAUUUCGAAGGCCAGAUCCCGCUCGUCUUGGGAUCCUUGCAAGACCUCCAAGUUCUCGACUUGGGGAGCAACUCCUUCUCAGGUACCCUGCACCCUUCUGUCUUCAAGAAUUUGAGCCAGUUAGUCCACCUCGACCUCUCGGUCAAUCCUUUGACAUCUGAGUUGCCCGAAGAGAUUGGAAAGCUAAGCAGUUUGAGAUGGGUCUUAAUGCAAAACUCUGGUUUUUAUGGUGGGAUCCCCGAGUCCUUUGCUGGCUUGCCUGAGCUGGAGUUCCUGGAUCUCUCCCAGAACAAUCUAACGGGAAAGAUACCUCUGGGGUUCGGGUUGGGCCUUGGGAAGCUGGCUUCUUUGGAUUUAUCAGUGAACAAGCUCUCUGGGUCCUUCCCUGCUGAUGUUUGCUACGGUAAUGCUCUUGCGGAACUUAGCCUCCAUGACAACUCUUUCACCGGUUUGGUGCCUGCUAGUAUUGAGAAAUGUUCAAGUCUUGCGAGGUUUCAGGUGCAGGAUAACGGGUUCUUUGGAGACUUUCCAUCCGGGUUAUGGUCAUUGCCGGAGAUAAAGCUUAUUAGAGCUGAGAACAAUCGAUUCUCGGGGCGGAUACCUGAUUUGGUUGGAGUGCCUUCUCGACUUGAGCAAGUUCAGAUAGAUAACAACAGCUUCACAGGUAGCAUUCCUCGGGGUCUUGGGCUGAUUCACACAAUGUACAGGUUUUCUGCAUCGCUUAAUGGUUUCUCCGGAGAACUCCCGGAGAAUUUCUGCGACUCGCCUGUCAUGAGUAUCAUCAGCCUCUCCCAUAAUUCUCUCACGGGUUCAAUUCCAGAGCUUAGGAAUUGCAAAAAGUUGGUAUCUUUAUCAUUGGCAGAUAAUAGUUUCUCAGGAGCAAUUCCAACUUCUCUGGGGCAUUUGCCAGUACUGACAUACAUCGAUCUUUCCAACAACAAACUCAGCGGUGAGAUCCCGGAAGAGCUACAGAACUUGAAGCUUGCGUUGUUCAAUGUCUCCUAUAACCAGCUAUCAGGCAGCGUCCCAUCCUCUCUAAUUUCAGGUCUCCCAGCUUCAAUCCUAGAAGGAAAUCCUGGCCUUUGUGGACCUGGGUUGCCCAACCCAUGCAAUGUCCAACGAAAAAAACGAAGCUCUCGAACCAGAGGUUUGAUUUUUGCUUUGAUCGUGAUAUGCUUUGCUGUCAGCUUCAUGGUAUUAGCUGCUGGAUACUUUGUGGUGUAUCGCUCAUCUAGAAAGAAAUCCCAUUCUAGCAGCUGGAAAUCAGUGUUCUUUUACCCUCUCAGAAUCACCGAAGAGGAACUUCUGAUGGCUUUAGAUCAAAAGAACACCAUUGGUAGAGGGGCAUUUGGAAAAGUUCAUGUGGUUCAGCUGCCUGGUGGAGAAUUUGUUGCUGUAAAGAGGCUAGAGAACUGUGGUAAUUUGUCUCUCAGAGUGGUGAAGGCUGAAAUUAAGACAUUGGCUAAGGCCAGGCACAAGAACCUUGUUAGGUUGUUGGGUUUUUGCUACUCAGAAGGUAUGGUCCUUCUCAUUCAUGAAUAUAUGCAGAAAGGGAGCUUGGGAGAUGUCCUUCGCAGAUCAGAGUUAUUGUUAGAGUGGAGUGGGCGCUUGCAAAUUGCUUUAGGGGCUGCUCGAGGCUUAGCUUACCUUCACAAGGAUUAUGUCCCUCACAUACUUCAUCGGAAUAUGAAGUCCAAUAACAUUCUUCUUGAUGAUGAUUUUGAGCCAAAGAUUACUGCCUUUGGGCUUGACCGUGUUGUUGGGGAGGUCUCGUAUAAAUCGUCGAUGGUUUCUGAGUUGGGUUCCUGUUGCUACAUGGCACCAGAGCAUGGCUGUAGCAAGAAACCAACAGAGCAAAUGGAUGUCUAUAGCUUUGGAGUCGUGUUGCUGGAACUCAUCACAGGGAGGCAAGCCGAGCAGCCUGAAUCCAGGGAGGCUCUUGACGUUGUCAAGUGGGUAAGAAGGAAAGUAAACAUGAUGAAUGGAGCUUUUCAAGUAUUAGACGCAAGAAUCACCAGCUCAGCCCAGCAAGAGAUGUUAGGAGCCCUAGAUCUUGCUCUUCGUUGCACUUCAGUCAUGCCUGAGAAAAGGCCUACCAUGGAUGAGGUUGUCCGGUCAUUGCUGUCGCUCCAGCCUAUUGCCCAACCAUCAGGGGUUUCCUCAGGUGAGUUAUCUAUCUCUGAUGGCCACUGAAUGAUAAUUGAACCGUCCGCUAUAGUCUUCUAUAUGCGAGAGUGCGAAAAAUGGGUUGAGAUGGACUUUAACAAUAUCUUAGCGUUCAGAGGUGCUGUUUUUAAUUUAUAUUCUCUCUUCUCACUUUUUUGAUUGAAACUUUAAUUUGUGGAGUCUUGUACAGUGGAAAUAUAGCAAUCUACUGUGGUAUCUGGACCUCUUUAAGCCCCCACUUUCAUGAUAUGAAAGAUUCCCGUUUGAUAUUUUUAA